UAAUUUUACAGACGUCGCUUUAUUACCCGCCAUUGUUGUUUUGGGAAUCGAUACCUAUCUGUCAAAUAAUCUUCAAAUUGUCAUAAUAUAAAAACAUAUCUGAAAGUUUUUUUUAAUUAUUGUGGUGGUGUACAAUGACUUGUGAUAUGCCAUGCAUGUCCUACAUGGCACUAUACAUCAUAUCGAUGCACAUCGUUAACACUAAUUCACGAAGUUCCAACCAUCACUGGCGUUUGAAUCAGGAUGAUGGGAAAGUAGUACAGGCGAGGGAGGAAUCAACCGAAACAGAAACGGAAGAUGAAGAUCUGAUGAACAUUCUAACUAAUAAGGUUAUUUUAAACGGUGAAUGGAAAGUGGAAAAAAAAAAUAUACAUAAAACUUCGUGUUUCAGUAAAAAUCAUCCAGAUUCUUUUGAGGACAGGAAAAAUUCUAUGUCUUCCAUUCAAAAGCCCCCCAAAAUAUUAUCCUGUGGGAAGCCAGUAAACUCAACUCAGUAUGACCACUUAAGAGGAAUCGCAAAUCGCCAGGAUCAUGCUCAUAUACCAGAGCCAGAGGUAGCUAUGAUCUUCCGGAAAAAGGGCAGUAGAACCUCGGAAAUUGACCUGAAUGAUUUAGAACAAAAACUAUGGAAAGCCAAAAAAGAGAGACCAAAAUCAGCACAGGUUCACAAUCAAAUAGGAAAUUUUUGGAGAAUUAAGGGAAACACACAGUUGUCUAUAGAGUGUUUUAGAAAAGCUUUGACUUUAUCAUCACAAAAUUCAGAUGUUUUACUAAACUUGGCACGAGUUUUAUUCAAUCUACAAUACUUAGAUGACGCAAUAUAUUUAACCAGGCGUUCAUUACUCAUGCAAACUGCAGAUCAAAAUUCUUGGCUUCAACAUUUUACCUUAGGAGAAAUCCUCAAAGCUUAUGGACAUUUUCAGGAAGCAUCUUUACAUUUUCGACAAGCUUUAGAAUUAAAUCCAGGAUUCCAACCAGCUCAGGCAAAUUUACGGGAAAUGGAAGGCACACCAAAUCCAUCAGUGACACAGUAUACAUUAUUUAUAAUAUUAUUUUUGGUUCUUGGAGUAUUAUUUGGUGUUAUUACUUCCAUAGAAGCAAAUUUUGACAGUUGUAAUGAAACUGUUAAAGCUCCACGCCAUUUCAGUCGUGCUAUGGCAAUGCGUUCAAUAAAAUUGAGAAUAGAUCCAUCUCGUUUUAUUCGGUUACGGAAAUUGAAUUGUUAAUUUUAAUGUUUGAUCUGUCGAUGAAUCUAAGUAGUUAGAAAUUUGUUAUUAGCACAAAAAGUACAAGUACAUUUUAAAAUACAUCUAUUGUCAGUGUGGCAAGAAUUGUCAGUUAAAAUAUAGUCAAUAUUCUUUGAGAUCACAAAUACCAUGCACUAUAUUUACUCUGAAUCAGAAUGGGGUUUUUAUCUGUAAAUAUUAAAUUUAUUACAACAUCCCUGUUUUAAGGGUCUACUUUUCCCUGAAUUUGGUAAAUCAAAUACUGAGCUCCAAAUGCGUUAACUCUGAUUUUUUUUUCCCUGAUAGCAGGCAACCUGAUUUGACAAUGAUAAGUUUCACGAAGAACCUCUGCCAGUCUGAAAGCAAUACAAAACUAACCACGGGCUGUUUUCUUUUUGUCAUGCAGAAGAGCUCUGCUCUUUAACUUUGAAAAAGCUUUUAUCAUAUUUACUGUCAACUCAAACGUAAUGACAGGAUGUCUAGAUACAGUAAUUGAUGUUUUGUACAUGUAACUUACUAUCUCGGAAGGCACAGAAUAUUUUGUUUGACAGUUCUUGGGGAUCAGUAGGAUAAUUCUUGUAUAAACAGAUGUAGUUGUAUGUUAUAAACCAUAAGAUUGUGUGAUAGUGCUAUUCUCUAUGUGUAUUGCUUAAAGAUUGUUUUUAUAUGCCUCCAUUGAAAUAUGGUGUAUAUAUUUCUGCACCCUGUCAUCCACAGUGACAUAACAGACAAUACUAAUCAUCUGAUCUUUCUUAAAAUUUAUUGUUUACAUCAGUGAAAAAGUGAAAUUUUAGCGAUUUUCAUUGAAUUUUAACAAUUUCCAUUAAUAACCUCUAAAACUAUGGCCCUUAUUCAUUCUGUUGAAUCUUGUGAAAGUUCUAUCAAUGAAAGUUAUCACCUGAUUUGUGUGUAAUAUAGGCCUACUUCUAGAGUUACAGACCAUGUUCACUUACAGAGUUAUUGCUCUUGAUUAUGUCUAGAACCUUAUCAACAGUAUAUUAUUCAGUGUAAAGGAUAUUGCUUUUUAUACACGAACAUUUUAAUGUGGUUGUGUAUAUUGCCGUUCACAUCUGUUAGUACUUUAUGGGCUGCAAUGAUUAAGGUAUCUUACUGAAAUUUAUAUUGGUUAUUAAUUUAUCCAUCUUAUCAAAAGAAGAAUAGUAUUGAUUUUCAAUGAAUUUUGACAACUUCUCUAAUUAUUCUCCUUUGUUAUGAAAUUUUGUUUGGGCCCUUAGAUCUUUUAGAAGAAUAGUAUUGAUUUUUAAUGAAUUUCCAUAACUUCCCUAGUUAUUCUCCUUGUUACGAAAUUGUGUUUGCCCUUUAGAUCUUUUUGAAAUUUUUUAUGAAUUUAAUUCAUAACUGUACAACUUAACAGCUAUGUUUAUUUACCUAAAGAUUCACCAAUGCUGCCACCUUUGUGGACAGUUGAGACAACGUACAUGUAGCUGGUGUUAGUGUAAGGUUUGUUGUCUGGUAAACCAUCUUUGUUAUUUCAAAAUAUUUAGCCAAAAACCAGAAAAGUGUUUCUCUUACAUGUCUUCCUAAUUUACAUGUACUUCCAAUUUUAAUCUUGCUGAGAAAGUGUAUUUUAAUACACUAGGACAUCAUUAUUAAGUACAAAAUACAUGUACAAACUUUAAUAAAUGACAACUUGAUUGUUCAAACCAUAUGUUAUUUCUGAGGUUUUGUAGUUUAACAAUGAAUAUCUAUAUCAGCAAAAUACGAUUUUUCUGUGUUCAAAAUAUAAACCAUUUAGUUAGAGGUGCUGGCUGGACUAAUGGUAACAUUUACUAUGUCUAUAAUAAUGUAAUAGUUAUGGUUGGCUUUGGUAACUUUCCUUAUAGCAGGUUUCAUGGUUAUUUUUAUCCAUAUUAUGGUCUUAAACUUAAUAAUAAAUUGGUGCUUGUGCAUGAAUUCCACCACUUUUGUAAAGGUUUCUUAAAUUCUACCGUACUAUGCACAUUAUGUGUAAGUAGAGAUAGCUAGCCUACUUUGAUAAUUGAAAGUAGAGCUUUCAACACUCAAUAGAUUUAUCCACACAACCCCACCUAAUACAGUUUACUGCUGAAUCGCAAUAAAAUUUGAAUUGCC